CACCCUCUUCAUUAUAUACUCUCAACCCAAAAAAAAAAAGAAAAUUGGUUCAAACAGGAGGAACAAAAUAUGAUGGAAGUUGAGAACCAGUUGAAUAGUAGCAGUAGUUGGGAUGGAUAUGUGGAUUGGAGGGGAAAACCUGCUUCAAGAACCAAACAUGGCGGCAUGCGUGCAACCUUCUUUGUUUUGGUUGUGGAGGUAAUGGAGAAUUUGGCUUACCUGGCGAAUGCAAGCAACUUGGUGUUGUACCUUACGCAGCACAUGCAUUUUUUGCCAUCGGAAUCGGCGAACUCCGUCACCAAUUUUAUGGGGACGGCGUUUCUUCUCGCCCUCGUCGGUGGUUUCUUGUCCGAUGCUUUCUUCACCACUUAUUACAUUUACCUCAUCAGCGCUGUUAUUGAAUUCCUGGGCCUGGUAAUACUCACAGUGCAAGCACAAUCAGGUUCACUACAGCCACCAAAAUGUGACCAAUCAAAGCCAGACCAAAUGCCGUGUCAGCAUGUUGAUGGUUCAAAGGCUGCAUUGCUAUAUUUGGGCCUAUAUCUUGUAGCCCUCGGGGUCGGCGGCAUCAAGGGCUCGUUGCCAGCUCACGGGGCGGAACAGCUGGACGGGACCACCCCACACGGGAGAAAGCAGAGAUCAACUUUCUUCAACUACUUCGUCUUCUCCCUCGCGUGUGGGGCCCUCAUCGCCGUAACCCUAGUUGUGUGGAUCGAAGACAACAUGGGGUGGCAAUGGGGUUUCGGAAUCUCCACUUUGGCGAUAUUGUUGUCUAUCCCGGUUUUCUUGUGCGGUUCGUCUUGUUAUAGGAACAAGAUCCCCCUCGGUAGUCCACUCACAACUAUAUGUAAGGUUCUCGUUGCUUCAGCACUAAACUCAUGCACGAUUUCGAGAAGCUCAAACAACUCCAUAGCAAGUAUUGCCAUUAUCAGCAGCCCUUCUCAAUUCACAGAGAAAACGAAACCACCUUCGUCGCUCGACUCUCCAUCGCCGUCGGAAAGCCUCGCGUUACUCAACCGAGCUCUCGAGAUCGAAUACCCGCCGACGCUGAAAUGCACCGUGCAGCAAGUCGAGGAGGUCAAAGUCGUAAUAAAAAUCCUCCCAAUCUUCGCCUGCACAAUAGUCCUCAACUGCUGCCUCGCCCAGCUCUCCACCUUCUCCGUCCAACAAGCCGCCACCAUGGACACAAGCAUCGGAACCCUAAAAGUCCCGCCGUCGUCCCUCCCCGUCUUCCCCGUCGUCUUCAUGAUCGUCCUCGCCCCGCUGUACGACCACGUCAUCGUCCCGUACGCGCGUCGAUUGACCAAAUCCGAGACCGGAAUCUCUCACCUCCAACGGAUCGGCGUCGGCCUGGUUCUCUCCGUCGUGGCCAUGGCGGUGGCGGCAUCCGUCGAAAUCAAACGGAAGAGAGUGGCGAGCGAGUCGGCCGGUUCGAUCGACUCGGGCGAGCCUUUGCCGGUCACGUUUCUGUGGAUCGGGUUCCAGUACUUGUUUCUCGGGUCGGCGGAUCUGUUCACACUGGCGGGGCUGAUGGAGUUUUUCUUCACGGAGGCGCCGUUAAGUAUGAGGUCACUGGCGACGUCACUUUCGUUCGCGUCGCUGGCGAUUGGGUAUUAUUUGAGCACGGUGAUUGUGUCGUUAGUUAACGGCGUGACGGGGGGUCCGAAGCACAAGGCGUGGUUAUCGGGGAGCAGUUUGAAUGAGUUUGAGCUGGAGAGAUUCUAUUGGCUGAUGUGCGCGUUGAGCGCGUUCAAUUUCGUGCAUUAUGUGUUUUGGGCUAAAAAGUACAAGUACAGAUCAGCAACGUAGACAUCUAGCUGGGGCUGACGUGUAACGGAUGCUAAUUUGCGCAGUGCGUUAUAUUACCUAUUUUAAUUAUUUAUUUUUU